AUGGCAAAGUCACGGGUAUAUGAGUGGUGUAGUAAGUUCAAAGCCGGGCAUACGGAUGUCAGUGACAAAGUUCACCCAGGACCUUGUUUUUUUGCCAAGAUUGGGGACAACAAGAGUCGCGUUAAGGAACUCAUUCAAACAGACUGGCGCCUAAAGAUUCGCGACAUUUCCGAGUCGCUAAACAUUUCAAAGUCGACUGUCCAUGGGAUAGUGUUUGAAGAGCUGCACUAUCGAAAAGUCUCUGCUCGAUGGGUCCCAAAAGAGCUGACAGCUGACAACAAGAUGCAACGUGCUGAAGUGUCUCAGACUUAG